UCAGUCAAGAAGAAUAACUGACUAGAAGACCUCCAUCGAUUUAAUCGAUGUGUGAACGCUCCCACUUGAGCAAUUCUUAAUUUUCGAAGAGAGUUCACAGGGAAUGUGCACAAAUGCAGCUUUCAGAGCUCAUUGUCUGCAGGCGAAGAGAAAAGCGGAGGAGUUUGAAGUUUGUUCAGCUUAUGUGACCGUGAAGGAUUGUUGGGUCGUUGGGCUCGAGCGUUUCGCUGUUGGUGCUGCUGGAGAAGAAGAGGAGUUUUUCGAGAUUAGGACUGAAUGGUCUGAAAAAAGCAUAACAUAUCUGCGAAGGAGAUAUUACGAUCUGGUUAAACUCGUUAAGAAUUUAAGUAUAUCGUUUACAGACGACAGAGGACGUUUGUCUCAGUCAAUGAUGCUUAAGGCACUACAGAGGAUAAAAGAAGCAGAGGAAAACAAUACCGUUAAAACGAGGUUGGAUGAAGUGGAAAAAUUACUGAGAAAUAUAAUCAAAAUGCCACAAAAGUUCUCUCACUCUGAGGCAGUUCUUACAUUUUUCAAGACUUCUUCUCUUGACUACACUUUGAAAACCAUGUAUGAACCAAUCCAGCCUCUCUCCCAGAGUCCUGUCACUGUAGCUGAUGUAAGAAGGGCCAAUGGGUUUUGUUUGGCCAAUACAGAAACUGUUCUUUUCGAUCCGUAUUUACUAGCACAAGGAGCAGAAACAUCAUCAAAGUACAGCUCUGAGAUUGAGUCCCAGAUGUGGACUGGAAUGAGAAUUCCAAAUGGCAUCAGAUGCGUCAAGGAAACUGUGCACAAACCUGGCAUGGGCUUCAUGACUGCUGGUACCCCUGAAAGUAAAGACACAGACAAUCAACCGAAAAUAUCACAGAUUACCAGCAACAUGACCUACCUCGACCUACAAGCCUGUGAGACAGACAUUCUUGAAUGACAUAGUGCACUUGACAGCUUUAAUUGUAAUUGCAGCUUUUCUAGUGUGGAAGUCAACAGAAAUAUUCAUUUUUAAGGUUUAGUCUGUAAGAAUAAUAUAUAUUUUUUUAAAUAAAGUAAUACAUUUCUAAAGGAUUUCUAAAGAUUUCUAAAAAUGGAUAUGAAUAAUAUUUUUUAAAGUUAAGAUUAACUUUAAUAUUAAUUAAAAAAAAGUUAACCACACCUGAUUAAUGUUCUUUGGUUCAUUUGCUAGCAUUUACAAAUCAUAUAAAAUGUUUAGUUGAUGAGUGAUAUCUCAAGGUCAUUUAUUGUGAAUGAAGUCAUCCAAUUAUGGAAAAUGUCAUAUAAAGUUGUUUUACACUUUAUAGCCAAAACGUAUGUUGAUACCCAUCACAUAUGGUUGUCAGUGUUGCGGUAACGCAUUACAAAUAACGUGAGUUACGUAAUCGGAUUGCUUUUUUCAAAUAACUAAUAAAGUAAUGGAUUACUUUUUAAAUUUACAAGACAAUAUCUGAGUUACUUUUUCAAAUAAGUAAUGCAAGUUACUUUGUUUCGCAUUUAUUCACUGACACCACUCCUGCCCCCGUGUUGAGAGAAAUUGGGAGUGAGGUGCAGAGGAAGAGGUACUUCCUUCAGGCUGAGGCUUAUUAGUCUUACUUUUGGUGUGAAAGGGCCUUUACUGUUGCCAAAAAUACAUCUUUUGGGUUUUUUUAUUAUUAAAAAUAAACAAACAAGCCCAGCUCAGGUGGUAAAAAGUAAUGCAAAAGUAGCGAAACAUUACUUAAAAAGUAACUAAGGAAUGCAAUUAUUUACUUUUUUAUGGAGUAACGCAAUAUUGUAAUGCAUUGCUUUUAAAAGUUACGUUCACCAACUCUGUAUAUGGUUGUUGAGCAUUAAAUAUCAAAACCUUUGGCAUGAAUGGUUUCCACUCUUCUUGUAAGUACUCAAAUAUGUCUAUGAGAAUCAGACAUGUGUCAGUGAGGUCAGACACUGAUGUAGGAUGAUGAGGACUGGCUCGCAGUCAGCAUUUCUGUUUAUUCCACAGGUGUUCAAUGGGGUUCAUGUCUGGGCUUUUGUGUAGGCCUGUCAAGUUCUUCCUCGGUAAAUCAUUAAUUUAUGGGCAUUGCAUUGUGCACAAAGGGGGCAUUGUUAUGCUGUAGAAGAAAAAGGCUCUCUCCAAAUUGUUGUCACAAAUUUGGAAGCACACUAUUCUAAAGAAUGUCAUUGUAUGUCAAAUGAGUAUUUUGAGAUUUUUUCUUCCUCUGGAAUUAAAGGGCCUGGCCAAAUAGUUUGCCCAUUAACUAGAAACGGCAUAUUCACAAACUUUUUGUCACUUACUAAACU